CUACCCUAGUUAGUUCCGCUGUUUUUCUACUGUACUGUUUUGAGGCGUUCGAUAAAGACCUCUGGGUUGAACACACAAGACUGAAAACACAAAUUUGGUUCAUUUUAAGGUGAAAAACUUGUCAACAGGAUGGCAAGUGACUCCCCUCGCAGACCAAGCCGCUGUGCUGGAGGGGUUGUGGUUCGAGCCCAGGCUGCUACUGAGCAGUCAUACAUGGAGAGUGUGGUCACAUUCCUCCAAGAUGUCGUCCCUCAGGCAUAUACAGGUACCCCAACAACUGAUGAAAAAGAGAAGAUUGUUUGGGUGCGGUUUGAAAAAGCAGAUAUCAAUGAUGUGGCCCGCUCCCCAGAGUUUCUGGAGAUGCAGGGCAGUGGCAACGACCCUCCACUGUGUCUGAUGAUUGGCUACUCCGAUGGAAUGCAGAUCUGGAGCAUAUCUCUGAGUGGAGAGGCACAAGAGCUGUUCUCCGUGCGCCACGGUCCAGUGCGGGCCGCCCGGCUUCUGCCUGCUCCCCAUAUCAGUCCCCUGAAGACGGACAGCUUUGCUGAGAAGAGGCCUCUGCUGGGUGUAUGCAAGAGCACGGGGUCCUCAGGGACAAGCCCACCAUACUGUUGUGUGGACCUCUACUCUCUGAGGACAGGGGAAAUGGUCAAAUCCAUUCAGUUCAAAACCCCUAUUUACGAUCUACAUUGCAACAAAAGGAUUCUUGUGGUCAGUUUGCAAGAGAAGAUUGCAGCUUUUGACAGCUGCACAUUCACAAAAAAGUUCUUUGUCACAAGCUGCUACCCCUGCCCUGGACCUAACCUGAACCCCAUCGCUCUGGGGGCCCGAUGGCUAGCCUAUGCAGAGAACAAGUUAAUCCGGUGUCAUCAGUCGCGUGGUGGGGCCUGUGGGGACAAUGCCCAGUCCUACACUGCUACCGUCAUCAGUGCUGCCAAAACUCUGAAGACUGGUCUGACUAUGGUGGGGAAGGUGGUGACCCAGCUGGCGGGCACGCUGCCCUCCGGUGCGCCCGAGGAGGAGGGAUCCCCCCACAGCGCCACGCGGCGAAGUCCCCACGUGCCCGGCGUCAUCUCCAUUAUCGACCUGCACACUGUCGGAGAGGGACAGGUCCUGGUGAGUGACGACUCGGAUGGUGAGGGAGUCGUGGCCCACUUCCCAGCCCAUGAUAAACCCAUAUCCUGCAUGGCGUUCAACCCGAGCGGUAUGCUCCUGGUGACCACAGACUCGCUGGGCCACGACUUCCACGUUUUCCAGGUCCUGACGCACCCGUGGGCGUCCUCCCAGAGUGCCGUGCAUCACUUGUACACUCUUCAUCGUGGCGAAACGGAAGCCAAGGUGCAGGACAUCUGCUUCAGCCACGACAGCCGCUGGGUGGUGAUCAGCACCCUCCGAGGCACCUCGCACGUCUUCCCCAUUAACCCGUACGGCGGGGCCCCGUGCGCCCGCACACACAUGUCCCCGCGCGUGGUCAACCGCAUGAGCCGCUUCCAGAAGAGCGCCGGCCUGGAGGAGAUCGAGCAGGAGCUCAGCAGCAAGCAGGGCGGACGCUGCAGCCCCAUCCCUGGCCUGUCCAGCAGCCCCUCUGGGUCGCCGCUGCAUGUUAAACUCAACAGUCAGGACUCCUACAACAACUUUACCAACAACAACAUGGGCAACCCGCGGCUGUCCCCCCUGCCCAUCCUCACCACGGUGCUGCCGCUGGCCCAGAUCAAGCAGCCCAUGACCCUCGGUACCAUCACCAAACGCACAGGCAAAGCCAAGCCUCCGCCCCAGAUCUCGCCCAGCAAGUCCAGCGGAGGGGAGUUCUGCGUAGCGGCCAUCUUCGCCCCCUCUCGCUCCUGGUUCAUCACCAACCCCAACAUGAAGAGGGAGAAAGACCAGUCCCGCCAGUCGGUGGUGGAGUCCCUCUACAUCCUGAGCUGCUAUGGCAACCUGGUGGAGCAUGUCCUGGAGCCACGGCCUCUCAGCACGGCCCAGAAGAUCAGCGACGACACGCCCCUGGAGCUCAACACCUGUCCACGGGCCUGCUGGACCAUGGCCCGGACGCCGCAGUGGAACGAGCUCCAACCACCUUUCAACAGCAACCACCCAUUGGUCCUGGCGUCAGACUUGGUGCAGUACUACCAGUACCUCCUGGCUGGCUUGGUGCCUCCUGGAAGCCCUGGCCCCAUCACCCGCCACGAGUCCUACGACAGCCUAUCCUCAGACCACAGUGGGCCAGACGACGAAGAGUGGCUCUCUCAGGUGGAGAUCGUGACCCACGCCGGGCCUCACCGGCGCCUGUGGAUGGGCCCUCAGUUCCAGUUUAAGACCAUCCACCCGUCAGGCCAGACCACCGUCAUCUCCUCCAGUUCCUCUGUGCUGCAGUCCCAGGGCCCCUCCGACACCCAGCAGCCCCUGCUGGACUUCGACACCGACGACCUGGACCUCCACAGCCUGAGGAUCCAGCCGGUGCGCUCUGAGCCAGUGAGCAUGCCUGGCUCCUCUCGGCUCGUGGGGGAGCGGAGAGGCCAGUCCAUUGAGACGGGAUCAGGAACGUUCGACCGGAGUGUGACCCUGCUGGAGGUGUGCGGCAGCUGGCCCGAGAGCUUCGGCCUGCGUCACAUGACCUCGGCCGACACCACGGAAGAGGGCCUGAGGGAGAGGCUGGCUGACGCCAUGUCUGAGUCGCCCAGCAGGGACGUUGUGGGCUCCGGAACAGAGCUGCAGAGAGAGGGGAGCAUCGAGACCCUGAGCAACAGCUCCGGCUCCACCAGCGGCAGCAUCCCCCGCAACUUUGAAGGCUACCGCUCGCCACUGCCCACCAACGAGAGCCAGCCGCUCAGCCUCUUCCCCACCGGCUUCCCCUGAGCCCCUCACACACACCACACACACACACACACACACACACACACACAGAGAGAAGGACGGACAGUUCCCCGCUCCUACGGCAGACCCCCCACCCCCCGUAGCCAGGCAACCCUGAUGUUUACAACAUACCCAUCGACGACCACAUUCUGGGACGACUAAACGGGAUGCCUCUCUCCUAGGCUGUCACUAUACCCCUCCCCUCCUUUCCUCUACUCUCCCCCUUUCUUCUUUUCUCGUCAGUCCUUUCUUCUGUCCUUUUCUCCCCCACCAGGACUGAUGUUGUGAGGAGGCUGUCCACCCAGCGGUCGACCAGGCCCCGAUUAAGGAUGACGCGCUCCCAGCGCUACGCUAUGCCAUACCUGAAUGACUUUAUGUUGACUUGUGUUACAUUACUCAUAGGUGUCUCAGCGAGAGGUGCUUUCUCUGAUGAUUUAUUCCCUUCUUUUUCAGUGAGAGAGAGAGAGAGAGGGAGAGGGAGAGAGCGAGAGCGAGAGAGAGGGAGAGGGAGGGAGGGAGGGAGAGGGAGAGAUCUGUGAUAUUUGUAUGAUGUUUAUGGAGAGAAUGUCGUCAUGUUGUUCCACUCACCUGUGAAUGUGAGCCACCAUCAAUAUCAUCAUCAUCAUCAUCAUCAUCAUCUCUUAUACAGUGUCUGCACGACUGAGUAGAAUGUGCGUGUGUGUGUAUGUGUGUUGGUCCGCUGAGUGUGUGUGUGUGUGUACACGCACAUUUGAUGUGUGCUGAUUACCUCUACAUUGAGCGUGAGCAUGAAGUCAUGCAAUCGUUAUUGUUUACUUUAAACGGAUCCAGCAGCGAAUCAGACUGAAUGGUGGUUGUUGUUGUUGUUGUUGUUGUUGAAACGCUUGCUCUGGGAAGCUGCCGCUGCUCUCCUCCUCAUGUGCAGAUGUGUAAUUGCCUUCAGGUGAUACCAUAGCUUUUCCUUGGACUUGUCUUUUUCUUUUGGAAACACAUUUGGAGUUGGAUAGAAAUGAAGGCAUAAUCAGACAGCCAAUACCUUAAUUGCUGAUCAUCAGUCACAAUUUAGAAUGGAGUUAGCCUACUUUAGCUUAGCCAAAUGACCUUUUUUAAUCAUUCUUUUAUUUCAUACAUACGCAUGGCUUACUAAGACAUCCAUUUUUUUCUUUUCUUGUGAAGCUGAUAUUGUUGUUCAGCAAAUGUCUUUGUAUAUCUGCUUCUCAUUGUAACCUUAUCCCAUGUAUAGUGGCAUCGAUUUCAUAUUGUAAGAUUUUUGACCCUCCGUGGGGGAUUUUUAAUUAUUUUUCAUUGUAAUUAUAUUUAAGAUAAUUUUAGGGUGUAUUAUAUCUUUUGAUUUG